ACAGGAUAGCUAAUUUUUUCAUAGGAUUUUUUUUUUACUUAUCAUCAAGUUUCUAGUAAACAAGCCAUCUUUUUAAUUACAUUUUCUAGUUGUUUUUUUUUAAAUAUUUAAGUUUUUCUUAACUGUAAUUUGAAAGGUGGCUCCAUAUGUUUGAGCAGUGCAUAGUUGAGUUCUUCUGACGAAACAUUUGAGUUAGCAUUUAGAAGAACUUGGCUAGCUGUUCGAUAUUUUUAGAUUAUAUUUAAGUGUAAGCUUAGUAACUAUUAGUUUUAAGCUUAGGUUUAUUUUAAGGUUAUUAAGUUAAGUAUAGUUUGUAAGCUAGUUAUUAUUUAGGUUUAAUCUUAGGUUAGAUUUAAGUUAUUUUUAUGCAUCAAAUGGUUAAUUCCAAUGCUUUUCUAUGCAUUGGUUCUUAAUCUUAAGUCUUGUCAUGUUAUUGGGACCAUUUAAACUGUUGCAGUGCUAAUUGUACAAAUUGUCUAGUCUUAAACUGUCAGUUGUUUAAGUUGUACUUACCUGACAGUUGUAACGUGAUAUGUAUAUAAGUUGCCUCUACUGGCACACUUUCUUGUAAAAUAAACCUAAGAACUCCCAUUCGACAACUGCUGAAGACAACAUACCUACUUGGAUUGCAUCUUUCUUGGUUUUGCCAACCAAGUCUACUCAAGCCAAACUUCUUUUUUGGAGUUCAAGUACCUUGACAUCUUGACCAAGAUUAUCAAAGUUUGGAUUCAUUUAAAUUGAAAUUUAUUGGUAAGUUACAAUCUUUCUAUUUCCUUGUGUAUUGUUCUAUAUGUUUAGUUGGUAAGUUAAAUUUAAGUGCCUAUACAUGUAUUGUGAAAUGUUAUGGUAAGCGAGUCUUGGUAAGUAUAAUGACUCGCAAGGUAACUGUGGAUCUAUCAACUGUACACCUCACCUUUUGGGAAGCCUCUUGGAUCCUAUUUCAAGUUCAAGAUCCAUGCAGAAGAAUCCAUCCAUUUGCUGAUUUGUUUAAAGAUAUCCUGUGAAGACCCUUCAUUUGAUUGCUUUCUUUAGUCUACAUGCAGGUGAAGUAAAGCCCUGUGAAGUUCCAUUUCAGGUCGAAAAACUCUUUGGUGGAAUCAACGCAUGCAGAAACUGCAAGCAGCGGCUCUAAGGCAAAUUCGGUUCAAGAGCUCCCGCUUUACUUCGGGUUUCCGUGGAAGCCCCAAACAGGCUAUCUGUCCAUUUUGUUUCAAGGUAUUCUACGACAAAAGCACAAUGAAUAGACAUGUGUCUAAGCGUGUUUGUCUUGGCUUGCAGUUUCAGACUCAGACUCCCACUCUGAUAGAUGAUGAUGUUGGUCUCUCAGUUCAGCCUGUGAUUUCCAGUGUACAGUCCAAUUCUCCUGUUGUAAAUUCUGCUAAUGAUCCACCAGAACCUCUCAAUUCUGAAACUGAGGUGCAAUCUGAAGGAAGCCCUAGCAAGUCCUCGCGAGUUCCUUGUCCAUAUUGUAAUAAACUAUUGAAAGGGGAAAGAGGUGUCCGGAAGCAUAUAGAUUUUUAUGGAUGCCCAAUGGCUGUAGGUUCGAAACCGGCAGAGCUAAAUUAAAUUGUUGCUUCAUUAUUUAAAGGCAAAAUAUGAAACUGAAAAUGUUUUUGGCUCAUUGUUAUUGAAUUUGUAAGAUGGAGCUACUGACAUAUGUUUUUAUAGUCCCAGUAACACGGCAAAGAUUAAAACUUUUUAGUGAUAUAUUGUUGUAAUGUUACUUAAAAUUAUCUAGUCUUGAAUAUUUUUUGUUUAGUUAUGAUUAUAGUAUAGAAAUGUUAUAAUGGAAUGCUUGUUUUUUUAUUCAGACAUUAGCAUUUUAAAAUGCUACUGUUAAAAAAAAUUGAACAUCUUUGGUGGCUAUAAUUUUUAGUGGUAGGUAGCUCCAUCAGAUUUAUGUAAAUAGUUAUUAUAUGUGAAUAAAAUAAUUUAAAAAUUAAGAA